AGUUAACUUACCCAGUUUUUGAAGAUAAUAAUCAACAGCGAUAUCAUGAGCCCCUAGAUUUUAAAAUAAUUAAGACCUUGGCAGAAUCAGUAAAGACUUAUGGAGCCAACGCCGCAUUUACUAUAACUCAAAUAGAAGGCUUAUUCAGAUACUGUAUGACCCCAAAUGAUUGGCAACAGGUGGCUAGAGCGGUGUUGACUCCUGGACAAUACUUGGACUGGCGCACCUUCUUAAUGGAAUUCGCAAAUGAGCAAGCAGCAACCAAUCUAGCCCAAGGAGGGGCACGAGCAGUCUGGGAUAGGGACAUGUUAUUAGGACUUGGCAGAUUCGCCAAUCAGCAGACCGGGUACCCCCCAGAAGUUUAUACGCAGGUGAACCAAAUAGGAUUGAAAGCGUGGAAAGCUCUACCCAACAGAGGGGAAGUCCGAGGCAACCUUACUAAAAUAGUUCAAGGGCCCCUGGAACCGUUUUCCGAAUUUGUUGCCCGUGUAGUCGAGGCUGCCGGAAAAAUCUUUGGAGAUUCGGACACUGCGAUGCCUCUCAUAAAGCAGUUGGUAUUUGAACAAUGCACUGCUGAGUGUCGCAAGGCUAUCGCCCCCUAUAAGAGUCUGGGACUGGAGUAUUGGAUGAAAAUAUGCCGAGAAAUAGGGGGUCCCCUAACCGCCACAGGCUUAGCUGCGGCUGUCAUGGAUAUUACCAAGAAAGUUACGGGACUCGCUGUAACCUGCUAUACGUGUGGAAGGACAGGGCACCUGAGGAGACAGUGUCCUGUCAAUAACCAAGUUGUAGGAUCUAGACCCAGACUUUGCCCUAAGUGUAAAAAGGGAAGACAUUGGGCAAGUGAGUGUAGGUCAGUGAGAGAUGUCCACGGCCAUAGGAUAUCUCAAAGCAAUAUAAGAAGGGAUUCAAAAAACGGCUUACGGGGCCCACGUCCCCAGGGCCCUCAAAUAUAUGGGGCGGCGCAAGUUUCCGAGGAAUGGCCAUCUCUGCAACAUCCCAGGGACUCGGGGGAGCCUCUAAGGCCUCCCCCGCUGUGACCCUACAAGCCGUCAAUCCCAUGGUCCUCACUCCGAGAAUGGGAGUACAGAUUUUAGAGUUAGGGAAACUAGCCCCUUUACCGAAUGAAGUUAUAGGAUUGCUAAUAGGCUCCCCUG